CUCCGGCGUCUCGGGACAUUAAUCUGUGAAGAUUGCCAAACUUUAAGGAAAACAACUUUGUAGUGCCAAAAAAAAUCAAAAUUUUUGCAAUGAAAACUUUCUUCCUUUUGGGAACUUUCCUCCUCUUUUCGGUCCUCAUCCAGUCAGAAGCUUUCGGCUUCGGGUUUGGAAAUGGCUCCGAAGAAGAAAGAAGCGUGCAAAUAUUGUAUUUGAAUCAUCGGCGAUGUAACGCUGUCGGAACAAAAGUCGUCGUAACUCGGGCUGACGGAUCGUCAGAAUCCUGCACGUGUCAAGGACCACCCACUCAGCCACCCACGACGACGGGGACAAGUCCGAUACCAACCUCAACUACGACCGCACCCCCUACAACUUCUGCGCGACGGGGUGGCUGGCGACCCCGACCGACGCACCCACCCCCGCGCCCAAGAAGCACGUGGGCAUGCACUACUACCCCUUCUUCGCCAACGACCGUAUCUGCCGCGCCCACGACCGUGUCUGGUGCGCCAACGACGGCAGUCCCCACUACGACCACUCCACUUGGAGGAUGAGAAACUUCAUAUUUACCAACUGAGAAAACAUUUUUGGGAAUUUAAUUUAAUCGUUUUCUUAGGCAUUAGAGCGAUUAAUUUCUGCUUGCCUUUAAAAAUUGUAUAGAAGAAUUAUUUUCCAAAUUUAAAACUAGCAAUAGAAUUCUAAUGCUAUUUCGGCUCUAGUUUGAUAAAUUAUGACGAAUUUAGGGAAAUUAAACAUUAUGUACAUUUGCAUAUGUAGUUAAAAAUGUGUAAAUUUUACUUGCUCUGCUGAAAUUCUAGUCAGCUUAAUAAAAGUUUAUGUAAAUGCGUUCAGAAAUUAAAAAGUAGACCAAAAUUAAAUAAAUUACAGAAACUUGGUAUGAAAGCAUA